UAAUUACAACCUUGCUAUAAUCUCUCUUCCUGCUCCACUACAGCCCAGCCGCAGCCCCUCUCUUCGGUGAGCUUCUUUGAACCGCAUACGAACGGUGCCCACGACACCGUAUCGCCCAAGAGCACAGUGGCGGACUACACCCGACACGUUUGCUUGGCCAAUAGCUUGGAGCAACUGUGAGUGACGCCACCAACGUCUUCUGGCUUUUUUAGCACCGUUUUCUCUAGUUCAAGGAGUUUCGGAUUGAACGUAUUCGGACGCCAACCAGCAAAGUUUCAAGUCGUUUGGAUAAGUUUCUGCGGGGCAAUGGAACAUGGAUCCUUCACAGAUGAGACCAAAUCAACAUUUUCUGUGGCUGAUGAAGAUCAUACACUUGCAAAUACUCUCAGAUACACUUUGAACCAAGAUCCAAGAGUGACAUUCUGUGGAUACAGCAUCCCUCAUCCUUCAGAUAAUCGAGUUAAUAUUCGAGUUCAGACAACAGGUGAUCCUGCGAGAGAGGUUUUGAAAGAUGCUUGUCAGAACUUGAUGGUGGUGUGCCAACAUGUGAGGAACACAUUUGACAAAGCUGUGCUUGAUGUCAAACUCACCAACCCUGUGCGAGACAUUAAUAUCAAAUAGAAUGGGAACCUUUCUUUUUCUUUGUCUUGUAAUUUAUUUAUUUACUUUUCUGGUUCAAUACUUAUUGUAGUUUAUAGUUCGUUAAGAUGGGUUUGUUACUGGCUUUGGAAAAGAUUCAUUCCAUUGAAUUUUGCUUACUUUUACUGUUAUCUUAACUGAUGGCUGAUGCUCUCCCUCAGGCUUGACAGAAUUGCAAUCGAGAGUGUCUUUACCAA